AUGUCUAUAAAAAUUGAGCGGGACACCGUCCGCAAGGCCACCGAGUCCGCCGCCGCCGGCCCUCGUCGCGAUGGGCCGCUGCCCGGUACGAGUGGGAAGCACCCCAUCCUCGAGAAAGUCGGGACCGCGAUCACGGGUGGUAAGGGCAAUGCAGGCACAAAGGGUUACUUGAUGGCAUACAUCAACGAGCUCGAGAAGAACCCCCUGCGGACGAAGAUGCUCACAUCUGGUACGCUCGCCGGUCUACAAGAGUUCCUCGCGUCGUGGCUGGCGAAGGACCGCAACAAGCACGGAAACUACUUCACCUCUCGGGUGCCCAAAAUGGCCGCAUACGGCGCCCUCGUUAGCGCGCCGCUGGGCCAUUUCUUGAUCUGGUGUCUGCAGAAGGCCUUCAAGGGCCGCACAAGUCUACGUGCGAAGAUCCUCCAGAUCUUGGUUAGCAACUUGAUUAUUGCGCCGAUCCAAAACUCCGUGUACCUCGUGGCCAUGGCUCUCAUCGCUGGUGCCCGAACCUACCACCAAGUCCGCGCCACUGUCCGAGUAGGGUUCAUGAAGGUCAUGAAGGUCUCUUGGGUCACGUCACCGAUCUGUCUCGCCUUCGCACAACAGUUCCUACCUGAGGCGACCUGGGUUCCCUUCUUCAACGUCGUUGCCUUCGUCAUCGGCACAUACAUCAACACUGUCACCAAGCGGAAGCGUCUUGCUGCUCUGCGCAAGAAGCACUUCGGCGAUGGCCGUGGCGAUGGGCGAUCUGGCUCGAUGCCAGGAGGCCGCAACGACGACUACCCUCCGAUCGGACCCAAUCCACCGUAUUAG